AUGGGUAUCCCAGCCGCUUUUCGAUGGCUGUCCAACAAAUACCCCAAGAUCAUCUCGCCCGUCAUUGAGGAGCAACCGGUCAAGAUGGAGGAUGGCUCCGAGAUUCCAGUCGACACCACUGGACCAAACCCCAACGGUGAGGAGCUUGACAACCUGUAUCUCGACAUGAACGGUAUCGUCCAUCCUUGUUCUCAUCCCGAGGAUCGCCCGGCUCCCAAGGACGAAGAGGAGAUGAUGCUCGAGGUCUUCAAAUACACCGAUCGUGUUGUCAAUAUGGUACGCCCGCGCAAGCUGCUCAUGAUUGCCGUUGAUGGCGUCGCCCCCCGUGCCAAGAUGAACCAGCAGCGCUCUCGUCGAUUCCGAUCUGCGCAGGAAGCCCAGGAAAAAGAAGAGGAUAAGCAAGAGCUUCUUAAGCUGUUGAAACAGCAGAAUGGCGGUGUAGUGUCCGACGACAGUUUGGAAAGCGUCACGAAGAAGGCAUUCGACUCAAAUUCCAUUACUCCCGGAACUCCAUUCAUGGAUAUCCUGGCGGCGAGUCUGCGAUACUGGUGCGCAUACAAGCUCAACACGGAUCCGGCUUGGGCCAAGCUCAAGAUCAUUAUUUCCGAUGCGACAGUCCCCGGCGAGGGCGAGCAUAAGAUCAUGAACUUUGUGCGGUCUCAGCGCAUAUCUCCCGACUUUGAUCCGAACACGCGCCACGUCAUUUACGGCCUCGAUGCCGAUUUGAUCAUGCUUGGCCUCGCAACCCACGAGCCUCAUUUCAGAGUUCUGCGUGAGGAUGUCUUCUUCCAAGAUAGCAAGGCCAGGAUGUGCAAGCUGUGCGGCCAGAAGGGACACGAGGCUCGUGCCUGUCGCGGACAAGCCAAAGAGAAGGUUGGCGAAUUUGAUGAGCAGGAGAAGAAUCUUGCUCUGAAGCCCUUCAUCUGGCUUCACGUCUCCAUUCUCCGAGAGUAUCUGGCCGCAGAGCUCAAUGUUCCAGGUUUGCCCUUCCGGUUCGAUCUGGAGAGAGCCAUCGACGACUGGGUCUUCAUGUGUUGUUUUGUGGGUAACGACUUUUUGCCUCACUUGCCAGCGCUUGAGAUCCGAGAGAACGGAAUCGACACCCUGACAGCUAUCUGGAAGGACAACCUACCCUUCAUGGGCGGUUAUGUCGUCAAGGACGGCCACGUUGACCUAGGUCGUGCGCAGCUUAUUCUCAAUGGUCUGGCGAAGCAAGAGGACGCUAUCUUCAAGAGAAGAAAAGAGACUGAAGAUCGGAAGGAGGCCAGCUUCAAGCGGAGAAAGCUGCAGGAAGAGCGCAACCCCAGAUUCGCCAAACCAAAACAAGUCGACAAUGCGGCAGCAGGCUUGACCUUGUUCCCAGCAGCAGGAGGCCCAAAUGGUAUUACCCACGAUAUGGUGGUUGGCCGCUCGUCCAAUAUGAAUGCCAAUACUGCCAACAAGAGCGCCGCAAGCGCCAUUCGCGACCAACUCAAAGGCUUGAUGUCCAAGACAGAGCCUGGCCAAGCAGCCGACGCUGGUGAGAAGGCGAAUGGGGAGGUUCCGAGCACUCCGGACCAGAAGUCUGUGCUUGGUAAACGAAAGGCCGAAGAGGCGGCAGCGCAGGCCGGCUCGACUCCGGCUAGUGCGACGGGCCCAAGCACACCAUCUGCUGCCGAAGAAGCUGCAGUAGACCAUGUUAGGAUGUGGGAAGAGGGUUAUGCCGAUCGAUACUACGAGCAGAAGUUCCACGUUGACCGCAGCGACCACGAGUUUCGGCACAAGGUUGCAAGGGCCUACGUUGAGGGCCUGUCAUGGGUGCUUUUGUACUAUUUCCAGGGCUGCCCGUCUUGGGAAUGGUACUACCCGUACCACUACGCUCCAUUCGCCGCAGACUUUGUCGAUCUUGACAAGAUGGAGGUUCAGUUUGAAAAGGGCCGCAUCUCGAAGCCGUUCGAGCAACUGAUGAGUGUGAUGCCAGCCGCUUCUCGCAGUGCGCUGCCCGAAGUUUUCCAUGACCUCAUGUUGAACGAGGACAGCGAAGUCAUCGACUUCUACCCGACCGAGUUUGAGAUUGAUCUGAACGGAAAGAAGAUGGCGUGGCAGGGGGUGGCCCUUCUGCCUUUUAUUGAGAUGCCGAGAUUGUUGGCCGCCGUCGAAAAGAAGUACCCUCUGCUGAGUGCGGCAGAUCAGGCACGCAACGGUGUAGGCAGAGACGUGCUGCUUCUGUCAGAUGCCCACCACGAGUUGUACGAUGAGAUCACGACUGGGUUUUACUCCAAGAAGCAGGGGGCCCCCACUCUGAAACUCAACCCGCGGACUAGUGACGGGCUGGCCGGCAACGUCGAGAAGAUACCGGAUUAUCUGCCACACGGGGAGUUGGUGUAUCCCUUGGAGCGUGGAGGGAUGCCUAACCUCGACUACGACAGGUCGCUCAGGGUUUGGUACACGUUUCCAACAAGCACGCACCCUCACAAGUCUAUGCUACUGCGGGGAGUCAAGCCUCCGGCUCCGGCCUUGGACCGCAACGACAUAGAGACACUUAAAGGAAAGUCGAAUCGUUCCGGACGGGGCUAUGGCGGCGUCCCUUUCCAGCGCGGCGGCCACCACGACGGCGGUCGUCGGGGCAACUUCAGCUACGCUCCCGCCGGUGGGCAUGGUCGUCAAGACCGCGGACCCCCAUCGCACUCGAGCAACAACUAUGGACAUGGACAACAUGGAUACCAGCCACCCGGGCCACCACCGAUCCAGUCAUCGUGGCACCCUCCGCCGCCAGGGCACCCCGGGUUCGGCAUGGGACUUCCUCCGCCGCCGCCACCCGCGGGCUACGGUAACGAUGGGCGAGUAUCAAAUGGGUCGUACCGCGGAGGCGCCUACGGCCAGAAUCAGAAUUACGGGCCACCGCCACCGGGACCCAACUCUCACUACGGCCACACUGAUGGAGGUCAGCAGGGAGGUCGAGGCGGCUACCAAGGCCGGGGUGGUUAUAGCGGUGGCCGUGGUGGUAGUAGUUAUGGAGGAGGUGGCGGCGGCGGAAGAUAUAAUGGCGGACGCAACAAUUACCGAGGGACACGAAUAGUUCUGUUGUCCGAAUCCGGUUCUAGUAGCAGCAAGCCAACAAUCGCCUCUGCUACGGCUAUCCGACGCUUCAUUCCCCUCCCGCACCCACCAUCCGUCGCCUUUGCCUUCACCCUACCUCUCCGUACCUACUUCUCCUUCUCAUCCUCGCCCCUCGCUUCUACCUACAUACGAGAAUUAUUCUGCAACGUCGUGGCCAAGUCUCAAUCUGAGCUUGAGGACGCAGAAAGACACACUGGCGCAGAAAUGAACGGCGACGCUGGUCUCGUCGGCUGCCUGGUCGAUAGGCUCGCCACCAGGCUCCCCCACAGGACAGGAACCCACGGACAGGAGCUUCAACAGGACGAAAUCGUCCUCAUUACGAGGUCGACCCUUGUCAAGAUUAGCACUUCUGCCCUCGCCUUUGUGCUCGAUUCCCUUGUCGCUCUCCUCGAAGAUAUAAUACGAAACUACAAGGGCAUCCCCCCACCUACACACCCGCCACACGUACUCCUUUCCGAGGUUUACGUUCUCGCUUUGGCUGCCGACUGCUGUACCGCCCAUUGGGACCACGUCAAGGCCCAGGGCUUGCGCCAACCUCCCGUCAGCACCGACCCCCGCCGCGUUGCUCCGGCAAUUGUUCCCGAACCACUGGACGAGGGUCUUGUCAACCGCGUGUUCGACUUGGUCAAAUGGCUGGUUGAGCCCAUCCCCGAGGGCUACGUCCUACCGUCCUCUACCAUUCUCGACGACACACCGAGACAUACCGAUAGUGUAGCCCGCUCUACAAGCGGUCUUCCCUCCCCCCUCCCCGUUGACGCUGAUGCUUCCGAGGAUGAUGACGCUCUACCCAUCACUCAACUCGCCGUAUUGGAGCCGUGCGUGAGGGUCAUUGUUGAAUACGUCACGGCCUCGACCUGGUCUUGCUCCUUCGACUAUUUCAGAAACGUCGUGUAUACCGUCCGUACCGCGGCCGUUGUGCAGGCCGCCCCCGGUCAAUCAGCUGCUGCACCUGAUGACGACAAGGCCUCCCUAGCGGUGCUCAAGAUCUUGUCCUUCUUCUGGGUCGAUGCUCAGAAGCUCGGACUCAUCAUUCAGGAGAUAUGUUCCAGCUUCCUGCAUUUCCGAAAGUCCUUCCAGAACACGGUGGCCGUUGUUGCCCCCUUACUCAUCACUAGGUGGCUUGACCGACAUCCCCAUGAAUUCGUGCAGCAACACACUCUACACAAGCGCCUCGACGGCGGCGCUGACACUUUGUUUGACAUGACGCAGACCGUUGUUGAUAAUGGUCGUAAGAAGGGAAUGCUGUACCCAUUGCAAACGACCCUACUCUUCCUUCUACCCGACGUAUUCGAAGUGGCUAGUAAUCUCCGAGAGGCCAAGAGCAGUAGCAUGGCUAAGAAAGUCGGUUUCUUGGACAACCUCCGGAAGGCCCUCAGGAACAAGAAUGAGCAAGCCGCGUAUUCCCUGGUGUCUUUGCUGAGAGCAUCGCGUCACUUCAUUGCGGAAGAUGAUGCAGCGCUGGUGAGCUACGCCAUGGAUGUGCAAGACGAGGUCCGCGAAGCCGUCUUCCGCCGGGGGAAUGACUCUUCCUUGUUCGACCAAGAUUUGAUGACUGCAGCUUUUGUGAGCUUGGCUGAGCUGAGCCUGGACAGUUGUGUCGACUCGCUCAGCCAGUCGUAUCUCAGUCUAUCAUCGCCACAGGCCUUCAAGACGGCUGUUGUGCAAGGUUGCCGUUAUUUUGCGCGCCAGAACGACUCUCGAGUUUAUGAGCAACUCUUUGCAAUGGCUGGACCGUUUAUGCGUACUCAGCUCAAGGCCGUUGCGGAUCUACCGGCAGAAUCUACUGCCGUAGCUCUCGCGUUACCGCGACGUGACUCGAAUCUUCACUCCUUUACGAAUAUGGCAUGUGAUGUUCUCAAGUUCUUGGACGCUUCGCCUCGCUCCCUUUUUGAUGGCGACGGACAAGCUGAACCUACUACUGGCGCUGCCGACGAAGAUGUCUUCUUAUCCUUCUUAUCGUGCGUUGUAUCUGCCAACCCUACCAUCCGAAGACUUGCCACCGGGGUUGCGAAGCGCCUCUUUUCAGACAAUUCCAUAUUGGAUACCCUCCACUCCUGUGGAAGACUGACUUCGGCAACACUCAAGAGGGAAUUCUGGAGGCGCAGCUCGUUGGUUCUGCUGAACAUGUGCAAUGAUGUUACAUCCGAUGGAGACGGACCAACUAUCAAGGCCAUCCACGAGUACCUCGAGGCUCGCAAGUUUCUGCUGGCGUCACUGCGUGAGCUAUCAGAUAUUCCCGAAGGCGUUUCCGAAAUCGAGGCAGCCUCUUCUAGGCUUGAGACGACCCUCCUCGUCUCGUUGUGUUCUGCCGAUGUCGAAACCUGUCAGACAGUGACAGCGUGUAUAGGCCUCUUCUUUGAGGAGAAUAGCCUCGUCGAUGUUGCCUCGGACGCUGCCAAAGGAUUCGCCACGCUGCUUCGCAACGGCGAGGUGUAUGGCGAGAUCGCCUCCAGAGCUUUCAGGUUCACCGGGCUCGUGGCUUUCCAGAAGAGAGUUCGUGGUCUACUCCGCCGUCUGCAAUACCCCACGAGUGGCAUUCUCUCGGCGUGGGAAUACGGUUUUGAGAGGUGGCUGCUUCUCUCAAGGGAAGUCUCCAUGGCGCCAGUUGAUGCUGUUGACGAGAGAACGUUGACUGAAUGGCGAAACUACUCGGGUUUCCUUGCGUCUCUGGGGGGCAUUUGCACUGCAAACCAGGCAAUCAUCCUCGAGGAACCCACUCUGGGCGUCUUGAGAUGGAUCGACAGGCUCCCUUCAGAGAACCACGAAGAGCCUCUACUUGGCAGAUAUCUCAAGCUCAGCAUCCAGCUCCUAGGCUGCGCAAGCGUUAGGAUCAGAGAGGCUACGCGGGAGGUUUUGUCGAGCGAGGUCUCGUCUACGCUCUAUCAGUCCCUCUUCAAGGCUCUUGAAUCCGAACUAGAGGUUCUUUUCACGGGGGCAUUGGCACCGAGCGAUAAGGCGCAGGAUGUCGAAAUCAUUUUUGCCGAACAAGCUAUUUCACUUCUGAAGGCGCUUGUGGAGCGUCUCGAAAGUCCCUCGGAUCUGGGUGCCGCUUCAGCCAUACAUCUCGGCGCCCUCGCACUCAAUUUCGCUAAAUUUCUCGACGGCGUUAGUGACAGCACCAACACUUUGCGGGUGAAGAUCAAGGUCUGUCAAUUGUGCGAGGCUGUCACGAAGAGAAAAGAGCAUCUGAACCUUAGGGACGAUGUGCGGAUCAGGAACCAGCUCCUUGAGUAUAUCUUCGGUUGGAUUGCUCGGCCUCGUUCUCCACGGCUCGACUCAACUACCAGCAGCUCGGGCGGUCGUCUUGAUGAGGUUGUAAGGGUGCAGAAGGACCUCGACAAGGCGUGUCUGAAGUCGCUGGCCGAACUUACGUUUCGCCUCCCGCUGCAGCCCGGUGAAGGACAGACCGAUGCUGGCACAAGCGAGCUCAAGUCGCAGAUGUUCCACACAUAUUUUAAUCGCUUCCUCUCGUUGCUCAACCACGAGUCUCCCGAGGGCGCCAGAAAUGAACUCAUGGCGGGCAUGUCAAGUCGAGACGAAGGCGGAUCUUCCUCGGAAUAUGCCAUCACCAUCCUCUCGAAUCUGCUUAGUGCUAAUAUCGAUGUCGGCCUGAAGCACUCCUUGAACAUUGGGUACCACGAUAACGUCGAGAUCAGGACAGCAUUUGUCAAAGUCCUGUACAACAUCCUCAUCCAGGGCACAGAGUUCAGCAAUCUUACAGAUGCUGCCGUCAGCGAGAAAUACGAUGAGUUGCUUGAGCUUCUCACCAAAGACAUGACGCUUGUUGCCGCCAUGAGUGCUGUGUGUCCGAGCAGUGAGGUUGACGAGCUGACCGUCUCAUUGCUUACCAUUUUCGAGCACCGUGGUCUCAGCUUCGAGCUACUGGAAGUCCUCAUAAAGCAAGAGAUACAGGAAACAGAUAACGAAUCCGAGAUUCUCCGAAGGACCUGCGUGGCAACUAAGAUGCUUUCCGUUUACGCCAAGUGGAAGGGGCAGCCGUACCUCAAGGCUACCUUGCAGAAGGUUGUUGAAAGGCUGAUGCUCACCUCAAAGGACUUGGAUCUCGAACUGGACCCAGCCAGAGUCGGCUCUACGGAUGAGCUGCAGAAGAACGCUCUCCAACUGCGUAUUGUAGCUAAGGUGUUCAUCGACGACAUUUGUGCCUCGUCCUCCAGUAUGCCGGCUUCAUUUCGCAAGAUUUGCAACAUAAUAUCUACUGCAGUGCUUCCGCGGUUUCAAGAGGCCAAGUACACAGCUGUGGGAGCCUUUGUUUUCCUCAGGUUCUUCUGCCCAGCUAUCGUUGCGCCCGAGGUCGAGGGCCUGGUCUCGACAACGCCUUCCAAGGAAAUGCGCCGGGGUCUUCUUUUGAUUGCCAAGGUUAUCCAGAACCUCGCAAACAACGUGCUCUUCGGAGCUAAGGAGCCGUACAUGUUCCCCUUGAACGAUUUCCUCACCCAGAACAUAUACCGCGUCACUACUUUCUUGCGCGAGAUAUCUGUGCCUCCUGAAAAUCUGGAAACUCCGCCCACCAUAGAGUCAUUUGACUUCGGCUCGUGUGUCGCUUUGCAUCGGUUCUUGUAUGAUCACUGGGAUCACAUGCGGCAGAGACUCGUCACCCAAGAGCGAAGGGACUUUGUGCGGUCGCCAGCCGAGGUAUCUCGGGGUCGAUCACCUGUCCUCGAACCUCUUCGCAACCUCAUCACGAAUCUGGGACCGCCGCCCUUGGCCGUCACCUGGAACAGGCCACAGAUCUCUUCAAAUACUCCACCGUCGUACUCACGUUUCCAGAAUUUCAUGCUUCGGAACGCCUUUCGUAGUACCGAGUCCUUCAUCACGGCUAGGGCCGUGUACGACGGAGGCGAGAGCAAGGAUUCUUUGUCCAUUAUUUGCAUCAUUCUAAGACAUAUCGAUGCCGAGAACAUUGACUAUGAUACUCUGUUGUAUUGCUACUUGAAGAUUGCAAGCCGUCUGUGGCAUAAGCCCUUUGGUCUGCUCAUCGAUGCCACUUGCUACAAUGGCCAAAACGAGCCCCAGGACGAUCUAUUCAAAAAACUCGAACAACUUACACCAGUCGAGUUGUCCAAGAACCUCGUUAGGAUCUAUGUGUACAACAUGAACAGCGCAUUCAGGAAGUGUUUUCGGAGGCUGCUCAGAGUCUCUGCGAAGAGUGAUAACAGUGUUUUCAACCCAAAGAACGUUGACUACCAUUUGAUUGGUAGUUUGCAAGAUCUGCAAGCUCACUUCCACCUCAGCCAACUCCAUCUCCCCAAGGAAACGAUUAGCGUCGUGACGGACACUCGGUAUGUAUUUCAGCCUAUUACUCGGCUGUCAAAGACGAAGGGCAAAAUCGAAGUAGUCAUCAAGGUCGGCAGCCAGUUCGUACAAGUUACGACCACCAAGAAACAAGAGGUCUUCCCUGGCUACCGGCUCAGCACCACCGUCAACGACAUCUUCAGACUCGGCGAGGUGGAAGAAGCACCCACGUCGAUUCAAACAGAGGACGACUCAGCUUUCGGCCUGCGUGCGGACAAUGGCAAGAUUGUCAUGUACUUCACCAGCCCUAAAAAGGCCGACGUGCUGCAGACGAUCCGUGGUGCCAAGGCUAAAUAUGGCAAGGACACAAGAACACACAAAGCCUACGAGCGACUGAUCCGUCCGCAGGAUGUGCCGGGCACUCUGCUCAAUCUUGCUCUCACCAACCUGUCAAGCUCAGACCAUGUGUUGAGACUUUCGUCGUACAACCUACUUGGAGCCCUCUGUAAAGCAUUUAAGUUCGGUGCAGCUUCGAAUUUGAUGUGCACCAAAGACGUUUCUGUUCCAAUGGACCCUUCUCAUUUCAUCAUCAAGAUCAGCCGGCAGUUGGCGACAUCCGAACCACAGCUGACAUUUGACUUCUUGACCGAGUUUUUCGUUGGCUGGGAGACCUUCACAGAGGAACAAAAGCCCCUCAGCCUUGCAUACAUGGCACCAUGGCUGCCUGGUCUACGGACGGCAGUUUUGGCAAAUGAGCCAGACGCCGAGAAAGGCAAGGAGAAGAUUGCCGCUUUGUUCCGGAAACUCAUUGACGUCGCCAUAUCGGACCACGGCCUGACAUACACACUGGAGCAAGUUGUCUGGCCCGCCAUCUAUCAGGACGAAACGAUACUUGACAUCUUUCUCGAAGAGCUCAUGAGAGCAGCACUGAGUUUUAGCUUCGCAGAAGAACCAAUGGAGGCUUUGUCCUCCAUCGUCUCAGGCAUGGGCAGCAUCACACUGCGUGGAAAGGUCAUUUCCCGGCUGCGGAAGGCGCUGAACCGUUCUUCACUUCGACCCACAAAAUACUUGCCCGACAACGCCGUCUGGGCCGAAAUCUGUGUCUUGCUCCAUUUCUGUCUAUCGCUGUCUUUCGACAACGGGGUCCAGUCGCAGCUAUACUUGCCUGAGAUUUUCCACAUAGUCACCAUCUUGGCCAACACCGGCGCUCCAGAGGUGCGCUUACUUGUUCACAGGCUCCUUGUGAACACUGUUCAUGCAGCCUGUACUUCGUUCAAUCUCGACGACACACGAUUCAACAAGCUUAGGGGCAGUUUGGACUUUCUCAGCGAGCCCAGGAGCGAAAUAUUCUCGGCGCCGCCUCCAUUCUUGCGCGACGGCGCCUCUAUGUCAACGACACAGGAGGCUGGGCCUUCGCUUACUGCCACCGAGAACCUGGCCGCUGUCCUGUUUGAAGUCUGCUCUGUUGCGGCACCUUCAGUCGACAUUUCCAACGCCUGGAGGUCUCGAUGGAUGAGCCUGGUUGCCAGCACUGCUUUCCAAAAUAAUCCAGCCAUCCAACCUCGGGCUUUCGCUGUCAUGGGUUGCUUAGCGCGGGAAGAGGUCGAUGACGACCUGCUCUACCAAGUACUUGUUGCUUUGCGGAACAGUGUAGGUCGCUUGGGUGAGGAUACCAAUAGUGACAUGCUCAUCUCCAUCGUCACAUCCUUGUCCAAAAUGAUGGCAAAACUACCAUCGGCGUCUCGAUAUGGUCUUCAGCUCUUCUGGCUUGCAAUAUCUCUCCUACGACUAGUCCCUCCGGCGCUGUUCAAUUGCACGGCUCAGUUCCUGGAGGCGGUCAUGACUAACAUCAGUACAGUGGGAGACUUGAGAGGUGACAAGAUGGGCCCUCUACUACUUCAGGGUCGGGUCCAGCUCGAGGAGGCUGCGCUGCCUCUGGAUGAUGCUUACGGCAUUCACUUUACGGCCGAGAACUUUCAUUUCGCAGUCUGCGCUUGUCUCGCCCGCGGCCUAGCCGACACCACGACUAAGACCAAUGCAACAAGAGUGUUGUCAGCCUUCUUGGACAUGGCCGGCAAUCCUGUAGGAGGUGCAGGCCAUCCAUCAGACGACAUUUCUCGAUCACCCUACAUGGCUUUGAUCCUAGCACGAACUGUCGGGAGCGACGAGCUCAGGGACAGCCUAUGGCUUGCUGGAAUCAACCCUCUAUUGUUGGGGGAUGUGACUGGGAUACAACGAUAUGAGGACCUUGGCGGCAUGAAAGACAAAGAUCUCCUCCUCAACACGGCCAUUGAGUUGAUUGACUUCCAGUAUCUGGAGGAUGCGCUGCAAAACCGGACCCUUCGAUGGUUGACUGAGCUUGCAACAGUCAGACCGGCCGUCAUUAUGCAUCUGUAA